CGGCGCGGGUCAUGGCUGCUGUUUCCGUCGUGUCCACGUUGGCCACCCGGCUGCUCCGGCCCGCACAGAGCUGCCGCCUCCGUCAUCGCCCCUUCCACCUUUCGGUAGUUCGAAAUGAAGCUGUCGUCAUCUCUGGAAGGAAACUUGCCCAGCAGAUCAAGCAGGAAGUGCGGCAGGAGGUGGAAGAAUGGGUGGCGUCGGGCAACAAGCGGCCGCACCUGAGCGUGGUGCUGGUGGGCGAGAAUCCUGCAAGUCACUCCUACGUCCUCAACAAGACCCGGGCAGCUGCGGAAGUGGGAAUCAACAGUGAGACAAUUGUGAAACCAGCUUCAGUUUCAGAGGAAGAACUGUUGAAUUUAAUCAAUAAACUAAAUAACGAUGAUGAUGUAGAUGGCCUCCUUGUUCAGCUGCCUCUUCCAGAGCACAUCGACGAGCGGAAAAUCUGCAAUGCUGUUUCCCCAGACAAGGAUGUGGAUGGCUUUCACGUAAUUAAUGUAGGGAGAAUGUGUCUGGACCAGUACUCCAUGUUACCGGCUACGCCAUGGGGUGUCUGGGAAAUAAUUAAGCGAACUGGCAUUCCAACCCUAGGGAAGAAUGUGGUUGUGGCUGGGAGGUCAAAAAAUGUUGGAAUGCCCAUUGCAAUGCUGCUGCACACAGAUGGGGCACAUGAACGCCCUGGAGGUGAUGCCACUGUUACAAUAUCUCAUCGACACACUCCCAAAGAGCAACUGAAGAAACAUACAGUUCUUGCUGACAUCGUGGUGUCCGCUGCAGGCAUUCCAAAUCUGAUCACAGCAGAUAUGAUCAAGGAGGGAGCUGCAGUCAUCGAUGUGGGAAUAAAUAGAGUUCAGGAUCCCAUCACUGCUAAACCCAAGUUAGUUGGAGAUGUGGAUUUUGAAGGAGUCAGAAAGAAAGCUGGUUAUAUCACUCCAGUCCCGGGCGGUGUUGGUCCCAUGACUGUGGCAAUGCUGAUGAAGAAUACCAUUAUUGCUGCAAAGAAGGUGCUGAGGCUUGAAGAUCAGGAAGUAUUGAAGCCUAAGGAGCGUGGAGUAGCAACUAGUUAACUGUUGCGUCUUCUGUCACAAACAUCACUCCAAUCCAGUCCAAGAGGCAAAACAGGCCAAUAGAAAUGCAAUAUUUUUUAUUUAUUUUACUGAAAUGGUUUAAAAUGAUGCUUUGUAUUUAUUGAAAGCUGAACUGGGUGGGCGUCUGUGUGUGUGGCUCUGCCGUACCUCACCACGGAGCAAGCCGGCCCCCAGCUAGGUCGUCUGAGCCGGCCAAGAGAAGCACUUCACCUGGUGACAAACAGGGAGGACAUCGCCCCGGUAAGAUCGGGCGCUUAACUUUGUCAGGCCACUUCAGUUAAAAUUUGCCUUUUCUAGGAUUGCAUUUCCCAAGUGCUAUUCCAAUAAGAGUUGAUACUCACUUUAGGUUCCAAACCUUUUGAGUUCAACUAGUCAAACCAAAGGAAAAAUGUUGCUAGAGAAAAUUAGGGAAAUUAGGGAAAAGUCAAAGGAAGAAAUGAUAAUUGAGUAGAAAAAAAAUUACUGUAAUUUACAUACCUAUAGUAUGUAAAACUCCAUGUGAAUGGUGUCCUGAGUUGUCAUUCCGUGGCUUAGUCAUUGGGAAAAUAUUUAGGGUAGUUCCACGUGCUGUCAGUCCUCAUCCCAUGUGUGUUAUAUUCAUGAGGCUUUCCCAUGUUCCUCUAAGGUUGAAAGACUUAUUUUAUAGAUUAUUUAUGUGUUGUCGUAUUUGGCUUUUCCUCUAUCCUUAAAAUUCACUGUUACACCUUUGUAUUCUUGGGGGUGUCUGUAUUGGUUUCCUCGGGAUAUCUUGAAACCUAUUUUUGAAAAACAAAACUUGGGCUUGAUAAUCAUUAGGAUUAGGGCAGCCUGUUUAAGUAUGCAACUUAUUUUCCACCAAAGACUUGUUAGCAGCUGCCUGCUUUUUCGCUGAUGUACCUGUUGGCUUUCCCCAAUGGGUUUUUGAGAACUUGAGUUCAUAUUGAAUUUAAUCAGACUUUCUGAUUAAAAGGGUUUUUUGUUUGUUUUGC